AUGGGAGCUCAGCAAGUGCUGCUCUGCAACGACAAUGUGGGAUUGAGGUUGAGUCUGAAAAAGGAGAUCCAGGAUCUAGUGACCUUGAACCGGUUGGAUAAGAUCCUGGUAGUGAGGAUAGAAGACGAGAUCACACAGAUAUCUGCUGUAACGACCCGAUCUAAGGCUAAAUCUGGUGUGCGUAUUGGGUCUGAUCCAGAUUCACUGGGUGAGGACGUUGUGAGAGAAUUGCGGAUUGAGCGGAUCCGGCAAGCGCAGGACGAGGAGUCGUGGAUCUCCGGCCUAAAAAAAUAUUUGGUUGAAGAAAUCCGGGAUCUGACACAAGAGGAUGCUAAAGUGUUUGGAUCUAUCACAAUGAAUUAUGAAGUGGAUCAGUCGGAUCUACUCUUCUACUGCCCGACAACUAAAUAG